AUGGAUUCUGAAGCGAGAGUGGUGAUACGCUCGAAAGCGUCAAAAGAGGCCAAAGAAGCCAAGGAGGCCAAAGAGGCGAAGGGGUCCAAGGACUCCAAGAAGAAGCCGAGCCGUUCAGGGGAGACAUCGUCGGCCAAGAAGACAAGGAUAUCGCCCAAAGAAGUGAUUGAAGCGGCAUCCAAGGUUGAUUUUACCGAUCGGAAAGAAAGAGAGGUCUUUGAGAGGGACUACAAGCAGAGUUAUAUGCGUCCUUUGAAGUACAAGACCGUUCUACACAUCCUAGCCGACAAUGAAGACUGGGAUGAGGAUACAUACUGGUCAAGCGAAAUGUUGCGCCAGUUUCUAGAUUGGUUUCUUGAGAUCAACCAUGACUUGUUGGAGAAGAAGAAUGGGGACGACUACACCCCGUUACACCUAUCCCUUGUACGCGGCAACGCUAUUUUUGUCGACGCUCUGCUGAGAGACCGCAAACUCAAGAAUCUGAGCAAAGUUCUCCCAAGCACGUGCCAAUAUGGCAAUCCACUACAUCUGGCAAUCAAGAAUCGACUGCCCAUUGGUCACCUGAUGAUGAUGGUGGACAAGUGCACGCAAUUCGAGGGCAUGUUCACAAAACGCGAAGAGAAAACCGGACAGACGCCGCUCCAUAUUUGCAUGUCCAUGGACUUGAAAAAGAAUGAUGAGGAUGAAGGAGAAGAUGACCACGACCUUGGUAAUGAGGAGAGCGAAAGUGACGGCGAAGACGAAGAAAGUACAGAAGAUGACGAGUCCCAUGGAGGAGAUAGCGAUGAUGAUGAUUAUGAGAAGAUUGACGAAGGCGGUGGGGCAAAGUCCGCGUCGACGAUAUACCGAGGUGGAAGCAAACACUCUACACUGACUAGGACACCGUCUGGGCUUGAUCCUCUCCCGAUCCGCACCAAUACAACAGGACACAACUCCAAAGUGGUGACAGUCCAGUCACCAGCAACGCCAGAACAAGGCGAAGCCGAUUUCAAGGCUACUCAGGAAUUCCUCAAAGUAGUCGAAUUGCUCGUACAAAAGCAUGAGUCUGUCUUGGAGACACUUAAUAAAGCCUCUCGAACCCCGUAUCAGGAAAGGAUACAUCAAUUAGAGCACCACAUCAAAACCAAGGAAAAGAACGUUGACGAGAAACAACUCCAACUUCGGAUCACAAAAGACCCCAUCGCUUCGUACAUACGAUUGCACUGCGUGAGAAAUUUCGAUCGGGAUCGGAUCAUGCGUUGUCUAUAUCGUCCAGGGCAAGAACGUCACAUCGAGUUUGAUCUGGGCGGAUUCCCACAUGCAACAAUUUCGGAGGACUACCUCGAAAGAUUGAAGAGCCAUUUGAAAUUUGAGAGCAUCUUGAAAUAUGUUGCGAUCCCAAAGUUGACGAUGGAUUAUCCAAUACGUAAGACUAAAACAAAAAGGACGAGUGUCAAGAAAGGUCUCUCGGAUUUGACAAACGUUUUCAAGUGGUUGGAAAACAACGGCGUCGAGCGGAUCGUAAGGGUCAUGGUCCUAGACGAUAGAAACCCUUCUCAUUCCGACACCAGUAUUCAACAAGCUCUUUCUCGCUUUCAAAUCGAGACAUGGGACUGGAAGAAGCUGGAUCUGAACACUGAUGUUAUUUCCAAUUCGACCAAAGUCGUCCGCGAAAUCUCUUUAUACUCAUCUGGAAAUAAUGCAGUCCUCAUGGGAUGGUCAAGCAGCCAGGGACUUCCAAACCCGAUCAAGUUCCCCAGUGGCCUCGAAGACAAGGAGACUUUGAACUCAUACAUCAGCAACUUCAAGACGGCAAUCUCUGACGCGACUCAGGACAGAGUAAAGGUUCAAGAGAUACAUGACGACGAAGACAACAGUUAUACUUCUGAAUUCAAGAAUUCUGGCGGUGCUACGCAAUUGGAUAAUACUUGGAUCGACUCUCUGGCAAAGUUCUCGGAUUUCCUCAGAAGUGCUCCAACGGCUGAGGAAAUCAGCGAGAUCAAGAUCGCUGUCAUUGACGAUGGUGUCGACGCAUCGCUGGCUGUGUUUGACGAUAAGAUCAAGAUUGGAAAGUCAUUUUGCCUAUAUGCCAAUUCUGAGGACCUCCGAAGUCCUUAUUAUAUCCCAUCUGGCAACCAUGGUACUUGCAUGGCGACUAUAAUAUGCCAAUUGUGUCCCAAAGUCUCUCUAUACGUGGCAAGACUCGACGAGAGAACGAGUGCUGAUGGUAAACAUCGGCAGGUCACGCCAAAGUCAGCAGCAGAGGCCAUUCGUUGGGCCACAGAGUGCGGCGUCGACAUGAUCUCAAUGUCUUGGACGAUUGAAACACCGGUGGAGGGCAAUAAAGACAUGGAGUCUCUCAAAGCUGCGGUUACAGAAGCUGCGCUUAAGGGCAUUCUCAUGUUCUGCUCCACUAGUGACCAAGGCAAAAGCACAAAGGACUACUGCUACCCAGGCGACUUUCCUGACCCAUUUCGUAUCGGUAGUGCCACCGACACAGGCGAACCCAGCGCCUGGGUCAAUCCCGAAAAGGUCGACUUCCUGCUGCCCGGAAAGAAUAUUCCCUUCAAGAACAAUGAAGGCAAAAUUGUUUCGUUCGAAUCAGGCAGCUCGGUCGCCACAGCAGCAGCCACUGGCCUGGCGGGUCUACUUGUCUGCUGCAGCCGGCUACUGAAGGAGGAUGGUGCAUCCAUGCUCAAGAGUGAACACAUGAAAAAAGUGUUCACAAACAUGUCACAAUCGUCAGGGUCAAAGAACCACUUUCCACGGGCACGGGAAUUUGUCAACAGGUUCAAGAGAUUUUACGAGUCGGCGAGGACCGGGAAAUCUAUCAACUCGUCAUCUGUGUCUAGCAGCUUGCCUGCAAUCUGGGAUGACAAAUGUGACUUUGCGCUGAAACGCGUGAUAGACAAUCUUCGAGACGCUUAUUAG